ACCGACUGGAGAAUAUGAGAGCGCGUGAACGCAUGCGAAAAUCUAACGUAGGAGACUACGACGACGUCUACAGAAAAAUCUGAGGAAGUCCCAUUACCCAUUAGAUAUUUGGUAAGCAACAUACCAAUUUUCCCAAUUGAUACUUUUCUGUGAUUAAAAUAAACCUCAUUCAAAAUGGCCGUACCUCAAUUGGACCCCGCCAAGCUGCAGCUUGUACAAGAGCUGGAGAUAGAGAUGAUGUCGGACAUGUACAACCGUCUCGUCGGCGCCUGUCACAGGAAGUGCAUCCCCGUUAAAUACCAUGAGGCUGAGCUAGGGAAAGGUGAAUCUGUAUGCUUGGAUAGAUGUGUGGCGAAAUAUUUGGACGUCCACGAAAGGAUCGGGAAAAAGCUCUCAAAUAUGUCACAAGGUGAAUCAGAAGAACUCACCAAAAUAAACCUCCAAGAGAAAAAAUAGUAUAACCAAAGGUAUUUGCAGUACUGCCAACUUAAAAAAAUUAAGGCAUUUGCAGAGUACAAAAUAUGUUCUUAUUUCAAACUAUUUGGGACAUUGAAAAUGAAAUUGAUUCCUAUAAGUUGUGUUUAGUGCAUAAUGCACUCUUUUGUUUUUUGCAGUCCAUAUGGUUAAAAGACCUGCAUUUGAUAGUUUGAAUUAUUAGGUGUUGAAAAUAAAAUAUUAGAUUAUA